CACCAUGGACAAGAACUACGUAUCUCUGACAGACGAUGAACUUCUUGCCCGACUGAAGAAAUAUGGCCUCCCACAUGGGCCCUUAGUUGGAACAACUCGGAAACUGUAUGAAAAGAAAAUAUAUGAAUAUGAGAAAACACUGGGACAACGGCAGCCUCUAUCCAGAAGUCCAGCAGUCCACACAAGUAGCAUUGUGGACAAGUCCAAACUACAGAUGACAGAUGGUGAAAUCUUGGCCCUUUUGAAGAAAUAUGGACUGGAACAUGGACCUGUUGUUGCAUCAACCCGGAAACUCUAUGAGAAGAAAAUCCAUGAAUAUGAGAACAAGCUGAAGCAGCAGGGUUCUGUAGUAGGUGCCCCAACAACUGAGCCAAGUGAGAAGAAACGGGCAAAACCCAGAAGUAGCUCUGUCAAAGACAAAUGUCCCAUAUCUAUACAUAUUUCUACUUACACAGAUUCAAGGACCAUCCAAUACAUCACCCCAGAGGCCUACAGGAAUUCUGGAACCACGGAAAACCACAUCUCGCAGCAAGCAGGUCUCAACUUUAAAAGGAUAUGCUUAACAGAAUAUGACCACUCUCCCAGAACUGAGGAAUAUUGUUCUAACAAUGGAAAUGAAGAAGCAAGGACAGAGGAACACAAGACAAGCCUCCCUGCUGUAACUUCACAGGUCUUCCCAUAUAUUCCCAUUGCCGAGGUGAUCCCAGUGAAAAGUUCUGGCAUUUCAGGUGUUCAAUGGAAAGCACCUGAAUCUGGGCCGAUACAGGCCAAGACUCCUCGGAGGGGGGAGACUCUGCUUCCAGUGUCCCAGUACAAAUGGCAAGAGCUGACGGAGAUGAGGGAUUUGCUCCUUGCGGAGGCUGAAGUGCAACCUCCCUCAAGCAAACCAUCAGGCCCAGCUGUGAGAUCUCUCCCCCCUCAAUGGGCUGGACAUCUGGGAAGCGGUUCAGCUCACCCUCAUCAUCAACAGCAGCUCCCAGAUCAUCCAACGCCUGACCUUGGCAAAAGAGCGGCACAAACCGCUCCUUUUGGGAAACUUCACCUUCCAGAGACGCCACAACCAGGGCCGAUACAGGCCAAGACUCCUUGGAGGGGGAAGAGUCUGCUUCCGAAGUCCACAGAUGAGUCCCAGUACACAUGGCAAGAGCUGACGGAGAUGAGGGAUUUGCUCCUUGCGGAGGCUGAGGUGCAACCUCCCUCAAGCAAACCAUCAGGCCCAGCUGUGAGAUCUCUCUCCCCUCAAUGGACUGGACAUCUGGGAAGCGAUUCAGCUCAUCCUCAUCAUCAACAGCAGCUUCCAGAUCAUCCAACGCCUGAACUUGGCAAAAGAGCGGCACAAACCGCAGUCCAAGACUCUCAUUUUGGGAAACCUCACCUUCCGGAGACACGAGAACCAGAAGCAAGGACAGAAGAACACAACACAAGCCUCCCUGCCGUAACUUCACAGGUCUUCCCAAAUAUUCCCAUUGCCAAGGUGAUCCCAGUGAAAAGCUCUGGCAUUUCAGGUGUUCAAAGGAAAGCACCCGAAUCUGGGCUGAUACAGACCAAGACUCCUCGGAGGGGAAAGACUCUGCUUCCAAAGUCCCAGUACCCAUGGCAAGAGUUGACGGAGAUGAGGGAUUUUCUCAUUGCCAAGCCUGAAGUGCAACCUCCCUCAAGCAAACCAUUGGCCCCAGCUGUGAGAUCUCUCUCCCCUCAAUGGGUCGGACAUCUGGUAAGCGAUUCAGCUCACCCUCAUCAUCAACAGCAGCUCCCAGAUCAUCCAACGCCUGACCCUGGCGAAAGAGCGGCACAAACUGCAGUCCAAGACUCUCAUUUUGGAAAACCUUGCCUUCCGGAGACACGAGAACCAGGGCCGAUACAGGUCAAGACUCCUUGGAGGGGGAAGAGUCUGCUUCCAACGUCCCAGUACACAUGGCAAGAGCUGAUGGAGAUGAGGGAUUUGCUCAUUGCGGAGCCUGAAGUGCAACCUCCCUCAAGCAAACCAUCGGCCCCAGCUGUGAGAUCUCUCUCCCCUCAAUGGGCUGGACAUCUGGGAAGCGAUUCAGCUCGCCUUCAUCAUCAACAGCAUCAUCCAGAUCAUCCUUUGCCUGAUCUUGGCAAAAGAGUGGCACAAACCGCAGUCCAAGACUCUCAUUUUGGGAAACCUUUCCUUCCAGCGACAGUAGAACCAGGUAGCAGCAUGGAUGAAUAUAAAGGCUUGACAGAUAAUGAACUUAUUACCCGUUUGAAGAAGUACAAUAUCUCACAUGGACCUCUUGUCGGAUCAACUCGGAAACUUUAUGAAAAGAAAGUCUACGAAUACGAGAAAGAACGAAAACCACUCUCUUCAUACCGAGGGUCAGGAUCCUACACAGAGCCAAGUAGCAGCAGCGAAAGCUACGUACGAGAGACUUAUGUGAGUCCACGGAGCAGGGAAACCCUCAGCUACGGACGAGAAGCUCUUGGCUCUGGAAGGAUUUAUGUCAGUGAAAACUAUGACUCUCCAAGAACUGAAUAUUACUCUGAGUAUAGAAGUGAAGAUUCCAGUCCCAGCAAGUCCUACCUGAGUCGUAAUUAUGGUUUGUCCCAUAAUGAAGAACAGUCCAGCUAUACUCCAAAAGACUGGGACAUCAAUUCUUCAGAGACUUCAACAACUUUCUACCGCCAGUCUGCAUCAUCAUUAAGCAGUGAUGUACUUCCAGGGUCAGUGAGUGCCCGCCAACCGAUUGCAGAGCCAUAUCCGUACAGUUCCAGUCGGAAUGAUGUGUCAACUGAGAGGGACAGCAGUUCCUACCAGAGCGUCUUCCAUCGGAAAUCAUCUGGCCUGUCCUCUCUGGGGGUAGAGCCACGUCGUGCCAUUCGCCCUGAGCUCCAGGCCCAAACAUCAGCAGCCAAGGCUUCGGAUAGAAGUGCAGGCACCAAGCGCUACAUACCCCUCUGGCUCCAGUUCCUGGUCUUUAUUUUGCUGGCUGGCUUCUUGGCCUUUGUCUACUUCUACCUGCAAGAUGGUGCUAAUGACAACCCAUUUGCGAAUUAUUUUAAGCAGUGAAUCCCUGGAGCCUCAGGCAUGUUGUAUGUUCCAAAGAGCCUGGAAUGUUUUCCACUGAAAUGCCUUCCUCCUUCCUUUCUUAAACCCCAAAGUGAAGUGGUGUAUUGGGGCCAGAGGUGCGUGAGGGCUUCUCACUAACAUCUCUGAAUUAUGGCAGCUCCCCACCCUUCUCCCCAUCCCUUAAAUCAGCUAUCGUGGGGCAUUUUUCAUCUUAUAUUUUUGUAGCUUUGGCUUUAUAAUCAGGGUGUGGGUUGGCAGAACGGGUGGGAUCCUUUCCCUCCAAACACAUCAAGAAAUUUAAGGGAGAAGACUAAUGUAGACUGUCAACAGCUUUAAAAUAUAAAUCAUUGUAUGGAAUUUUCAAUAAACUCCACUGAUUUUUUUUCUAAA